CAGAAAGCGAACGUGAGAGGGCCAUCAAUGAAUGGCUCCCCGUCACUUCUAAUAGGAAUGCUAAAUGGUGGUAUUCAGCUUUUCACAAUGUCACCGCAAUGGUUGGAGCUGGUGUUCUUAGCCUUCCUUAUGCCAUGUCACAGCUUGGAUGGGGUCCUGGGGUUACUAUAAUGCUUUUAUCAUGGGUUGUAACAUUAUACACCAUUUGGCAAAUGGUGGAAAUGCAUGAGAUGAUACCCGGUAAGCGUUUCGAUAGGUACCAUGAGUUAGGCCAGUAUGCAUUCGGUGAAAAGCUCGGGCUAUGGAUCAUCAUACCUCAGCAAUUAACCGUAGACGUUAGUUCCGACAUUGUCUACAUGGUGACGGGAGGCCAAUCGUUGAAGAAGUUCCAUGAUCUGGUCUGUCCUAACUGCAAGGAAAUAAGACAAACAUAUUUCAUCAUGAUUUUCGCUUCGGUUCACUUCGUCCUUUCCCAUCUCCCAAACUUCAACUCCAUAUCUGGUGUCUCACUGGCCGCUGCAGUCAUGUCACUGAGCUAUUCUACCAUUGCUUGGGCAGCUUCGAUUGGAAAGGGUGUUCAACCGAAUGUCGACUACUCAUACAAGUCCACAUCCAACCCUGGUAAAGUAUUCGACUUCCUUGCCGGAUUGGGUGAAAUAGCCUUUGCGUACGCGGGUCAUAAUGUGGUAUUGGAAAUCCAAGCAACAAUGCCAUCAACUCCUGAAAAACCUUCAAAAGGUCCAAUGUGGAAAGGUGUGAUUGUUGCAUAUCUAAUAGUGGCAAUUUGCUACUUACCGGUUGCUUUUAUUGGUUACUGGGCAUUUGGAAACAGUGUUAAUGACAACAUCCUCUUAACAUUAGAGAACCCCACUGGGCUCAUUGCUACAGCUAACAUCUUCGUCGUCAUCCAUGUCAUUGGCAGCUAUCAGAUAUUUGCAAUGCCAGUGUUUGACAUGAUGGAGAGUUAUAUGGUAAAGGAAUUGCGUUUCAGACCUUGUUUAAGGCUUCGUUUAAUUAGUCGCACUCUAUAUGUUGCAUUCACAAUGGUUAUUGCCAUUUGCUUCCCAUUCUUUGGAGGUCUUCUCAGUUUCUUUGGAGGGUUUGCAUUCGCUCCUACAUCAUAUUAUCUUCCAUGCAUCAUUUGGCUUAUAAUCUGCAAACCCAAAAGAUUCAGCUUAACUUGGUUCAUAAACUGGAUAUGCAUUGUACUGGGUGUAUUACUGAUGGUUCUAUCACCCAUUGGAGGACUUAGAUCAAUUAUUGUGUCAGCAAAGGACUACGAAUUCUUCUCGUGA